AUGGCUUGGAGAGCACCUACUGUAAACAUGGUUCAUCCGUCAACUUCAACAAGUCAUAUUCCUGUUCCAGCUCCGAUUGCAACCUCUGCUACUGCAGCUCCGGUAGGCUACGACCCUAAAGAUCGCACAGAUCCUUUAUACCUUCAUCCGAAUGAGAGCCCAGCUUUGCAACUGGUGACGGCGCAGCUGGAAGGUCGAUCUAACUACCAUCCGUGGGCGAGAGCCAUGGAAAUGGCCCUAAGAUCAAAGAACAAAAUGGUGAUUGUGGAUGGAACAAUGCCGAUCCCCAAUUCAGCUGAUCCUAGGUUCUUCUAUUGGGAUCAAUGCAACACCAUGGUCCUAUCAUGGAUACUCAGAGCCCUCUCUCCUACGAUCGCCAGAAGUGUGUUGUGGAUCAAUACGGCAGAAGGAAUUUGGAAAGAUCUGAAGAAACGAUUUAGUCAACAGGAUGUUUUUCGUGUCUCUGAAAUUCAGGCUGAAAUCCACCAAACUAAACAAGGUGCGUCCACUGUAAAUGAAUAUUUCACACAAUUAAAACUAUUGUGGGAUGAACUGCUUGUGUUAAGACCUGCCCCUGCAUGUGAAUGUUCACCAAGUUGUGCCUGUGGAAAGGAUCUCUCUGAAAAGGUUAGGGUUCAUCUGGAAAAUGACAUGCUCUCGGUUUUUCUCACUGGUCUCAAUGAGAAUUUUACCAACACCAAACGUCAGAUUAUGUUGAUGAAGCCACUGCCUGACGUAGGGGAAGCCUUCUCCAUGGUUUCUCAGCAAGAAAGGCAGGUCAAUACAAGCUCAAACACCCUGGGAGACAAUAUAGCAGGAGCCAGUGCCUUCUUUACUAAGGGAGACAUCCACAAUAAGAAGGGGUACUCUAAUCAGAAACCCAAACCAGUUUGUAGUUUUUGUGGAUACACAAGUCAUACUGUGGAGAAAUGUUACAAAAAGCAUGGCUAUCCCCCUGGUUGGAAGCCAAGAAACAAAAGUGCAGCAUCAGCAAACCAGAUUCAGACUUCCCUGCAAGAGACUGAGGAAUCAGAGAACAAUUAUGCCUUCAAUCAAGAAGAUUACAGAAGGUUCUUGGAGUUCAUGCAGCAUGAAAGGUUUAAUAACUCUCCUCUGAGUAAUACACCUCAUGUCAAUGCUAUAGCAGCCAACUUCAUCCCAGAUGCUAGGAUGGAAGGUAAAUCUGCUAAGCCUGCUGAAAAUAAUCUAACAGAGAUUGAAUUAUCUUGGUUUCUUGAUAGUGGAGCCACGCAUCAUAUUGUUUGUAAUAUGCAUCUCCUACAAAAUGCAAGAGGAGUCCAGGGUAUAUAUGUUGAUCUACCAAAUGGACAAAAGGCACCUGUAUCCCACAUUGGGAGUGUCCAACUGUCUGCUGAACUUGUUUUGGUGAAUGUUCUGUGUGUGCCAGUUUUUCAUUGCAAUUUGAUAUCCUUGGGAGAGCUGAUAAGAGAAUCAAAUUGUAAGGUCUUGUUCCAUUCUAAUCAGUGUGUUAUACAGGGUCAACACCAUGGGAGGAUGAUUGGUCUAGUUGAGCUAAGGAAAGGACUAUAUCAGCUCAUCUUUCCUGCUUUUAUUCAAUGUAAAACUGCUGUCAAUUUGUGUAGUUUUUGGCAUGCAAGAUUGGGUCAUGCUUCUGAAGGAAAAAUUAGAUUCCUUCAUACUGUAGAUAACAAGAUUUGUAAUGACAAAACCUGUUGCUUGUGA